AUGGGUAUCAGAAUAAUCGAUAUUAUUGCCGCCAUAAUAUUACAUUUCAUACAUUGCGCUUAUACGGAGCAUAUCCUGUUCUGCAAUGUGACCCAGCUGAAUAGCUGUCCGGGGAAGAAUCAUAUAUGUAACGAAACUUCGCACCAGUGUGUAUGUUUGGAAGGAUAUGAUAGUGAGGGGGAUGAUUGUGUGCCUGUUACUUCAGAUGCGUCGAGCCAUGACGCUACAGCGGCUGUAGUAUCAAUAUUUACUAUAGCCCUGGUAGUAUUUGGUCUAGUUCUAGUUAUAAGAAAGUACAAUCUAAUUGAAUAUGCUCGCCAAAAAAUCAACCUGCGAAGAAACAACGAUAUUAUGUAUGAAGAUGUGAUGAUUGGUCAAGACGAUCCACCACUGGUCCCA